AGUCCGUGUUUUCCGUGCUGAAUUAACAAGGACGCCACGCAUAUGUGGUGUUGAAAACUUUACUAGCAAACAGGAAUAAUUCAUGUGAACUGAGCUGCGGGUAAGGAUUAGGUCUCGCCAAGGUCGCCGCCACAGUGUCCUUUGUGUUGCCUGUGUCAUUUGCGAAUUUGGUGAAUAAGUUAAAAGUGUGCCAGCUGUGCAAACCAUAACCAAAUAAAAAAAAAACGCCUCUCUAUCAACAACAGCUACUAUCAACCUUUGUGUGUUUCUAGCUUUUUCACCCUGCCAACUGUUUUGUGGGCCAAUGUGGUUACCUUUUGUAGCCAAAACUUCCGUACGGUUGGCAGUGCUUUUACUAGCGCGUUUCUAGUGAAGAGAAAACCAUGAAAUUGCAGCUUGCGAUGGGCCGCAGCCAAAGUCCGGCAAUGGACAAAGAGUCGGAAGCGGUGAAAGGUGGAACCGGGUAUGAGGCAACGUCGGUGAACGGCCCCGAGGAUGACUUUGAGCUGUGGGAUCAAAGCAAGGCGCUGCGUUCGGAAUAUCGGGACAACCGCUGGAGCCAGAACGGAUGGUCCUCCUGCAUACCGAUAUCGAUCAUUUUAGUGCUGAUUGUGCUGGUGGUGCUGCUGCCCUUGAUGGAUCAUAGCGAUCGGGCCGGGGACGAACCCGCCCGGGCCGGUAUUGGCCGGUUUGGGCAACCGGUCUGCGCGGAGAAAUGUUCGAUCGAGCUGGUGGAAAGCAUACCAGAGGGUAUGACAUAUCCCGACGACAGUCCAUCCUUCCGAACAACCUUCCAGGCCUGGAUGACGCUACUCGAGCUGGCACAGGGCACAAUCGAGAUUGGGUCGUUCUACUGGACGCUGAAAGGGGCGGACGUUUAUAAUCACUCCUCCGCCCGGGAAGGUGAGAUGAUAUUUCGCAAACUGUUCGAAGCUGGCACCGUACGGAAGCUGCAAGUGAAGAUCGCCCAAAGUGCACCGACGACCGCCUCACCCAACCUGGACACGGAUCUGCUAGCAAAGCAGGGUGCUGCCUUGGUACGGUCGGUCGAUUUUCCACGCCUUAUCGGCGGCGGUGUACUGCACACGAAGGUGUGGAUUAUAGACCGGCAGCACUUCUAUCUCGGCAGUGCCAACAUGGACUGGCGAUCGCUAACGCAGGUGAAAGAGCUCGGCGUGCUGGGCACCAACUGUUCCUGCCUGGUGCACGAUCUCGCCAAGAUAUUCGACGUGUACUGGGAUAUGGGCGCACCCGAUGCACGGUUGCCCCCGAAAUGGCCGAAAGAGUAUACCGCCAGCUACAACUAUUCGGCGCCCGCACACGUCGAAUUCAACGGGAAAACUGCGAUGGACACUUACUUCUCGAGCUCCCCACCAAUGAUGUCACCAGCGGGGCGAACAGACGAUCUGUUUGCAAUAAUAGACGUUAUCAAUAAGGCAAACCGUUUCGUACACAUAUCAGUAAUGGAUUACUUUCCAUUAACGCUUUACACGCGCAUAACUCACUACUGGCCGCACAUUGAUGAUGCGCUGCGUAAAGCGGCUAUCGAGCGCAAGAUAUCGUUACGUCUGCUCAUCUCGCUCUGGGACCAUUCGCGACCGUCGGAAGAAUAUUUUCUCCAUUCGCUCGAGGCACUGUCGAACGCGCUGAACGGUGUGGACAUACAGAUACGCCGGUUCAUUGUGCCCGCGUCGGACGAUCAAAGGAAGAUCCCGUUCGGGCGCGUAAAUCACAACAAGUACAUGGUGACGGACAAUACGGCGUACAUCGGUACCUCGAACUGGUCCGGCGAUUAUUUUAUCGAUACGGCCGGCAUCGGCAUGGUCAUUUCGUCGUUCGAUACCAACGGUACGAUCAUACAGGAGCUACAGUCCGUGUUCGAGCGCGAUUGGAACAGCAAGUAUGCGGUGCGCUUAAGCUAGGUUGUGUAGGCAAAACGAUGCUCACCAGUACACGAUGCUCAAACUUUAAACACUACUCUGCCUGUUUUGCUACCUUCUUUGUACAGCUUCACCGGGUGGAUGCGGCUAAUGUGCAAGCUGUUUCGUGCACAAUAUGCCGCAUAGCACUUUGUACAUUGACGCCUUUAUAAAACAAACACGAGUUCCAUGUGCCUUAGUGUAAUGCAAAUCGGUUAGUGACAAUUUAAGCGAACGAGUAAAGGACGGGGGCAAAAUUUUCUUACCAAAAACAAAACCUACGUGCUACAUUUUUUGUAAACAUUCUAUACGAUUAAAGGAAAAUAAUGAAACUUUUCGAUGGUAAUAUCAUUUUCACGUUUCGAUUGUGCUCAAUUGUUAGUCUCAAAUGUGUUAGUCUAAAUUGUUAGCCUUAAUUGUAAGCCGUAACGUUUAGCGCGAUUAGAUAUGUGUAGCAGUUUGUCGAAAUCAAAGUAGUUUAGCGUUUGUUUCUCUUCCCUCUAGUCAAUAUGUUGUUCGUUGUCCAGUACUUGUAGCUAAUGCCUAUUUUAUAAUAAAUUCCAUGUCAU